AGCAGCAAGCACGCACGCAUCUUUGCGAGUCAAAAUGGCGCGCUACGCGUUGCGAAUCAUCUCAGCUAGAUGGCGCAGCAAGACACUAGGCAUUUUGUACGUGCUUUGAGGCAGCAAAGUCGGAGUACACUAAUCUCUCUAUUCGAUCUCUAGCGGCCUCGCAUGAUUUGUGGGUUGGAAGCAAGUUGGAAGGAAGGCGGCUGCCGUCCUCUCACAUGGCUUCGAAUGGCGAUAGCUUACGUGGUCGCGUACACACACAGGAAUACGGGCUUUUAUCGCAGUUUGCCGAUCCUGUCGACCCCGCUGAAAACGUAAUUAAUACACCCUGUCACGCGCUAGGCGCAUCACAUUGCCGGUGGUGAAGACGUGAAAAGAAGAGAAAAACUGAGGCUUUACUAGAGGCCCGCCGCCUGUGCCUCGCUGAUCUGACUUAGGCCCAGUCCACCUAAGAAGUCGUAUUCUCCAGCAGGCCCCACUGCCGAACUGCUGAGCAGCGCAGUGCCAGCCAACCAUGUCGUCAGCCAAGUCAUGUGCCAACUGCGGCUGCAGCGAGAUCGACAUCGAUCCAAGCCGUGGCGAUGCCGUCUGCACGGGCUGUGGUUCGGUGCUCGAAAACAGCAUCAUCGUCUCGGACAUCCAGUUCGAGGAAAAUGCGCAUGGCGGCUCGCGGGCUAUUGGCCAACUUGUCCUGGAUGGAAGCAGCAACAUCCAUCUGAGCGGAUUCCGCCAUGGUACGGGGAAAGAGUCAAGGGAGCUGACGCUGAUGAAAGCGAAGAGGAAGAUCAUACAGGUUUCGGAGCGCCUGCGUCUCAAUCAGCACUGCAUCGACAUGGCCUUCAACUUCUACAAGAUGGCGCUGGCGAAGCACCUGACCCGGGGCCGGCGAAGCUCCCACGUGAUCGCGGCGUGCGUCUACAUGGUCUGCCGAAUCGAGAACUCAUCCCACAUGCUCCUCGACUUGAGUGACGUCGUCCAAGUCAACGUCUACGAACUGGGCAAGACAUUCCUCAAGCUGACCGCGGCCCUCUGUAUCAACAUUCCAGCAAUUGACCCGUGCUUGUACAUCACACGCUUUGCCCACCACUUGGACUUCGGAGACAAGACGCACGAGGUGUCCAUGACGGCGCUGCGAAUGGUACAGCGCAUGAAGCGCGACUGGAUGCACACUGGACGUCGGCCGUCCGGACUGUGCGGCGCUGCACUCCUCGUCGCCUCCCGGUUGCAUGACUUCAACCGCAGCAUCCGCGACUUGGUCCGCAUCGUCAAGGUGUGUGAGACAACCAUUCGCAAGAGGUUGACAGAGUUUGGAGAGACGCCGUCGAGCAAGCUGACGCUCGACGAGUUCAUGUCGAUCGACCUGGAAGAAGAGCAAGACCCUCCCUGUUUCAAGGCAGCGCGCAAGAAGCAGAAGCAGAGCCUCGAGGAGCAGGCUCGCAUGGAAAAGGUGUCUGAGGAGAUCUCAAAGCUCCAGAAAAAGAUCGAGGCCGAGCUGGAAGAACGGCGGCGAAAAGUUCGCAAUCGUUUCGCCGCAUCCAUUCAAGAAGACGACCAUCUGAGUGAAGAGGAAGAAAAUCGAAUAUCGAGCGAGUUCAUCAUGGGCAACACCAUGGAGACCAUCAACGCGUGCCUGGACGACACUCGGCAGAGCAAUGAGGGUUCUGCUGCAUCGGGAUUGGCAGCAGAGGAUUCAGUCACUGAUCGAUUGGCACUGCGAGAUGAGGACGUGUCUGACGAGGACAAGUAGAGUGCCUUGACGCCUGACAAGCCUGAGCAGUCGAGUAGAAUCGUCACUUCUUUACGACCGACGGCGGCCACGUUAGGGCUGAAAGAAAGCAUCGAGGAGUGCAUGAGGGUCAGAGACGCCAUAGAAACAACAGCGGAGACGGGUGUCCUGGACUUGGAAGGGCUCGAUGACGAAGAACUUGAUAGUUACAUCAUGACAGACGCCGAAGUUCGACUGAAGACCAAGUUUUGGCUGCAGACCCACGCGGAGUAUCUGAAAGAGAUGGAGGAAAAAGAAGCAAGAAAAGCAUUAGAAGCUGAGGAGAAUGCCAACAAGCCAGAGACCAAGAAGCGCAAGCGCCGGAAGAGGGUGCCGAUACAGGCCAACACCGCUGGCGAGGCGAUCGAGAAGAUGCUCCAGGAAAAGAAAAUCUCCAACAAGAUCAACUACGAUGUCCUCAAGAGCCUCAACAGCGAAUUGGGCUUCCCCUCCAGCGAGCCGCAGCAGGAGAGCUCUGAGCAGCAGCCGCAGCCUUCUGCCAGCGAGGCCGACAAAAGUGAAACGCAGUCGGUCGUCUCCGAACCGCCGAAAAAGAGGACCCGCGGCCUGCUACCCAUUCCCGCCGGCGCGUUCAGCUCACUGAUGUCGACAGUCAAGUCGAUUGCCCUUAGUCAACAGAAGGCCAAGCCUGACGUGAUCUCCGAUGACGAGGAUGACAUAGUCAGUCCAGCUGCUAAGCCUGCUGCUGCAGAUGACAGGGCUGCCAUGAAAGAACUGGAAGAGGAGAUUGAAUAUCAAGAAGAAGACGAGGAGGAAGAAGAGGAUCCCGAUGACGAGUUCCGCCUGGGUGCUGGUCAACUUUUGAACAAGCUGCGAGGAGAAGAACAAGAUGCGUUUUCAUAUCACGAGGAGUAUGACGACUACGGAGACUGACGGCACCUAGAGCCGUAUUUUAGGAUCUUCAAAUUCUCAUUGCUAUUGUGGACCCACUCUUCAAAUUCUUGUUGCUUGGAAAUCCGCUACCUUAGGAGCAUCGAUGUCAAGCAGCGGCUUCUUUUUUAGUCAACACACAGCCUUCUGCGAACAGCUUUGUUUUCACAAACCUGGACUCUUGGCUUGCUCCGUUCCAAGUAAUCGCCCUGCGUUAAACGUAGCCUGCCGUCAUUGCGGAUAUGUAGAACGAUGUGUUUUGUUGCAGGUACCACAGUAUAAAAGCACACCAAAUCGUAGAGAACUGUUUGUUUGUGAAAGAAGAAAGUGUGUGUUUGUGCUUGUUUUGCUUAUAAAUGCUCUGAAGCUAUUCCUGAUGUGAGUGUGAUGAACAUGCUUGUUACGACACUAUGUGCACAUGAUGCAAGUGCAUGUAAGCUUGUUUAGUGUGCUGGAAACCUGUUUUUUUAUUGCCUUUAUUUUAUACUUUAAGUGUUAAGAGGAAGGCUUAUGAAAUACAAACAAUAAUGUAUGUCUGUGUGUGUGCCUUUAAGGUAUGUGCUUUAGUAGUUCAUUAAGACACGCAUGCCAUUCAGAAUGGGGCCUAAGUAUAUACAUGGCUAAUCACUUCUGCCAACUAUGUCUACACUUGCAUUUGAUCCUCACUGAACUAUUAUGAAAUGAUAUUCGUUAGGUAUCUGAGUAGAUUGAUGAAAUGGAUUAGAUUAUUUUACACCAUUUACACUACAUGCAUGUCUAUUGUGAGUUUGUUUCCUGUUUUGACAUUGUGUCUUUCGGCACCGACACUUUUGUUAAAUGAUGUGCAACAAGAUUCGUGUAAGCCUAGCUAGGAUGUGUCAGAAAUUGUGUUUCCAGCGUUGACAUGGCACGCUUUUCGUCCAUGAUGACAUGGUUAUAGCCGAUUGUGAAAUCAAUGUUUCAUCGCUCUGCAACUUCACGCCAAAAAUACGCUGUGAACAAAUGAACCACGCCACUUUCUCUACAGCCAGGUGCUGACUUUAAUAAUUUUUUUAUUUAGUUUUUAGUGAUUAGGAUUUGUUUCAAACAGAAAUGUAGUUAUGAUGGUCUCUAAGCUUUUUUGUAAGUUUGUAAUAUUUAUUAAGACUGACUAUUAAAAAAGUUGAUUAGAGAGCAUAAGUAAAGCCAAUUUAUUUUUCAAAUGCAGUUACAAUAAUUUGCGAGACCAAACAUUUCAUUGAAAUCAUCAUAAAGUUAUAGUUAUGUACAUUAACCCCAUUUUCAAAUUUUCUUUUUGGGGCUGUUAAGCUUCACAGACAUCGGAUGUAUUGAAUUUGUGCUCAUGCAACUGCCAUGAUUAUGACAAUAUUGUGUGUUGUAUUAGUUUUGUGUUUUCUAAGACUGGAUGAAUGAUCUUAUUUGUGACAGUUUAUAUUCUUAUUAUUUAUUCUUAGUUAUCUAUAGUUGGUUCUUUUCACGUGGUUGAGCUAACGCUUGUAGCGUGCCAGGGAGUCAUCAUUCAUUGCAAUUAUUUCUCCCGAUCAGGCCUUCGCAGAGUGACUAUAAACACAUAACACUGUUACACUUAAAUCUAGCAUGAUGGGCCGUGCAUUGUUGAAUUGUAUGCAUGCUUUGUAAUGGGAGACGCUUGAAAAGAAAAAAAGAAAACCAUGAAACAUACUUGCACAUGAGUAUUGGUAGUACUACAGGGGUAUCACUCAGGGCUCCAGUAGUGUUUUCUAUCUGUUUGUUGAUUGCUGUAUGAGUGACUAUUGCUAUAUCACUACGUAUUGUUAUGUAUUUAUUACUUUGCUAAUUUCCUGUAUAAUUGUAUGUCUAUAGGUAUGGAUAUUUCUUUUUUUAUAUGGCUUUUUUGGCACACGAGCAACCUGAUAUUUAGGAACAUACUGUUGUAUGUGUGCAUGAUGGCAUGUUUCAGAAGCAUGUAUUGAUUGUGGAUGCAUGAGAGAGCAAGUGUUUGGGGUACCAUGUUUGUACCACGUUUUUUUGCCACCUGUUGCUAUUUUGUUUUGUUUUAUUUCUUUUUUUUUCUUUCAUGUAAUAGAGAACUUUGGAAAACCAAAGUGUGCUGAAUCAUGAACUGAACUGCUGAAAUCAUGUAUUUAUAUGGCUUUUUUGGCACAUGAGCAACCUCAUUUUUAGGAACAUACUAUUGUAUGUGUGCAUGAUGGCAUGUUUCAGAAGCAUGUAUUGAUUGUGGAUGCAUGAGAGAGCAAGUGUUUGGGGUAUCAUGUUUGUACCACGUUUUUUAUGCCACCUGUUACUAUUUUGUUUUAUUUCUUUUUUUCAUGUAAUAGAGAACUUUGGAAAGCCAAAGUGUGCUGAAAUCAUGUACUGAACUCCUGCCUAUUCUGGAGUAAGAUCACAAAAAGAUGAAUGGGUGCUCUGAAUUGGCUGGUGGCAAACUUCAGCAAGUGUGGCGAUUCUAAAGUGUUCCAAUGAGAAAAAAAAUCGUGUGAAUGCACUUAUAUUGUACUUUUGUUGUCUCCACUCAUCCACUGAAAGAUGGUAGUAUUGCUGUGCUGACUAAUGCGUAACGUCAUUCUGAAUAUAUAGAGAACCUUGCUUUUGAGCUUUUUCUGUCAGUGGUAAUUGAAACCGUUGUUCUUUGGACUCUGGGUGCGAUAUUUCAGCUUCAGCAACGUCUGAAGAUCAACACAUGUGGGACUAACAUUUCAUUUAUAAUUUCUUGUUGUAUAUGUAACAUUAAUGUAGGAAGGAAAGUGAAAACAGUUAUGUUAGUGUGAUUGAUUGUGCACAAGUUAUGUAAAAUGACAGUUGUUUUGUGUGUAGACUGACGAAUUCUGCACAGAAAAAAAAAAAGCUUUUCCGAUUACUGUAUACACUCGGACUUCACUUUAAAUAAGUUGUAUUUUACACGAAAAUAAGUUUGUUAUAUCCAAAUAUUCGUUACGAAGGUAUAUUUCUAACACUAUAUCUACUGUAAGGCUAUUUAUUUACUUUGUUAUAACCACUAUUUUGUUAUAUUUAGGUUCGUUAUAUCGAGGUUUGACAGCACGUACAUUCGUACAAGCACAGUGCAACUACAACCAGUUUGGAUGAGGAAAUGAGUGUUCCUUCUAAACAAUGUAGUGAAGCAAACUCUUUCUUCUGGCAGUGCAUCAUUAGCAGCAGUAGACAUCAGCAUGUAGGAUGUGAUAAUCGGCAAAUUGUUAACUAGCAAUCACUAUUUCAACUUUUGCCUCAGUGUAUCGAAGCUCGAGCAUAAAUCAUAGAAUACAAGAUAGUCGAUGUUCACGACACAUUCACUUGUAAUGUAGAACUAGUAGUUUCCACAAUAGCAGAUCUGUCUUCAACAACACAUCGUGAAUGACGGUCAUGUUAACGUCACCCUGCAGAAACUGAAUUGAAGAGCUUGUGUGAAAACACGAGUGGAAUGUUGACGCAUUUCUUCGUUUAUUGCAGAAGGAAUGUUGUAUCGAUUCUUGAGUGAUUCAGAACACCUUAAAAGGAGUAAGACUUGUCUCAAAAACAUAACUGCUUUAAUUAGCAAUCAUUAAGCGUUUAAUGUUUACGCCAAAGUGAGCGACUGAAAAGAUUUAGGGCGAUGAUAAUUCAUCGUUAUCCACGAUUGUUGGGUAGCAAUGUAAUACAAGAACAGCACUGCUAAUGCGAUGCAGGCCUCGGUAAACAGACGUCGCAGUUGUGUGCAUUGCCAGGUUUCUUUGGUUACCUAGUUUUUCUUCUUUUCUCUUUUGUGCUGUCUUUACUAUAUAAAUGAAGGAUACCGAAAUUUCUAGUUAUCACACAUCUGCUGAUGUCUAUGGCUGCUAUAUUAUUCGCCCAUUAUCCUGUAGAGAUGUGCUAUACAAUUUCCACUCUUCCGUCGAUGCUAAAAAGAAUGGGCUGCUGCUGCUGCUCUACCUUGAAACAGCUGAUGCAUGUUACUAUUAUACAUACGCACAUAUAGAAUGUUAUUAUGUGUACAGUUAAGUGCACUCUCACUAACUCAUAUUUAUAGGUAAAAAGGGAUGUUUAUUCAGUGAUGCAUGUGUGUUUACGAGUAUGUUUAAAGUGAGUUACGAUUGUCAUUGAAGAGUGUAAAUUUCGGCUAGCAGCAGCAUGAAUAAUUUACAACAUUGAGACGUGAAUUGGAGCUUGCGACGCUCAUGUCUGUUUAUACAUGUGCGUGUACUUAUGUGUGUGGGAGGGUAACAUGGCCGCCUGGGUGAAUGUCACGGAAAAAGCGCAAAACAAUUUCUUUUUGUGUGUUUCUACAAGCACAAUAAACAGCUUUUUCAAAACAA